CAAUCAAUGACAAAGAAACUCAUUUUGUCUAGUUAUACAAUUAAAAUGAAGAAAGUUAUUAAACGAACUGAACUAAUCAGAUUAUAUAUUAAACUAUGAAGUAAAAUUAUAUGGAAAAUAAAGAAAACUGAUGUCACAUGAUGCAAGGAUAAAAUGAUCUAUAAGAGAGAAAAGUUUCAGAAAAAACUGUUAAGAGCAAAGGAAUGAAGAAAAACAUUCGAACAUGCCUAAUAAUUUUAUUUAUUUUAGCCACAAUGGUUUGCUAUGGAUUUCCUUACUUUCCAGAGUAUUCUUCGAGCGAUAUUCCAGAGUACCGACAGACAAGAGUAAGAACUCAGUAUUAUGAACUAACUAAAGAGAAAUUUUCACAGAUGUCUGAUGAAAGUUACGAGAAAGAAAAGAAUACAUAUGAAUCAAAACAUCACCGAAAAGGAUUUAGGAUGAAUUCUUAUCGAGAACAAAAGAAAAGAAAUGGAUUUCCGUGUCCAUGCGACAGUAAAAUUACUAUCGAGAAUAAUUUGUGUUGCCACACGGAAAAAGUAAUACCACCCCCUAAUGAUGAAUGGCCAAAUAUACUUGGUGAUUUUGAUGAAGAUAUUAUGAAUGAUGGUUAUUUAUUUUCUGAUCCUGCUUUUAAGGAUAAGCUUUGUCAACGAGGUUUAAAGGAUUACAGCCGUUCAUCGUCAAGAUCAAGAGAAAAAAUAAAUGUUUUAAUUGUUGGAGAUGAAACAAUGGACUUUUUGAGUGGCACAAUAUAUAGAGGAAAAUGCAAAGUAAGCACAGAAUCUUAUCCAGGCUUAAGUAUAACUGAUGCACGGCAAAGAAUGAAAGAUGUUUUAGCAAAGGGGGAUAUAAAACCAGACAAACUUAUUAUUCAUGCGGGAUCCAAUGAUAUCAUCGAUGAUUUACCUUCUGUCACUUCUUUGGUGAUUUCCAAAUUGAAAAGUCUCGUAGAUGACAUGAGAAUAUCUCAAGAAUCCGAAGACAGAUUUUAUGCAUUGUCAGGUAUUAUUCCAAGAAAUGAUCCUUUGAUGACAUUUAAUAAUAAGGUGAAUUUAAUAAAUUCAAAUGUUGGUUGGUAUGCCCAACGAAAUGGUAUAGAAUAUAUAGAUCAUUCUCAUAUAUUUUGGCAUAAUGGAGAAUUGCGUAAAGAUUUAUACCAUUUUGAUGGUUCUUUAAACGAAGAUGGUUUGAGAAAAGUUGAAGAAUCUUUAUUUGAAGAUAGUUGGUGUCGAAGAAAUGACUAUAAUGAUGAAGCUUGGCAGCUAAGACAGAAAUUAAGGCUUAGAAAACGGCCAUCAUUAGAAUUGAAAGAUAUUCUGCCGAUGGAAAGGAAAGUCUACGAUAAACACUUACCACCCAAGAAAGAUGGUCAACCAACGACGGUGCGUUUUCAUGUGACUGUUUUAAGUGUGGAUUCAAUUGAUGAAGAAUCUAUGACCUACGUAGCAGAUAUAUUUUUAGCCCAAAGUUGGCAAGACUAUAGGUUAAGGUUACCAGAAAACAUGACGGAAGGAUAUAGAAUCUUAGAUGUUGGGUGGUUGCAAUACAUUUGGAGGCCAGAUUCAUUUUUUAAAAAUGCUAAAAAAGUUACUUUUCAUGAUAUGAGUGUUCCAAAUCAUUACUUGUGGUUGUACUAUGAUAAAACUCUUCUUUACAUGGCAAAAUUGACAUUGGAAUUAUCUUGUGCAAUGAAAUUUGAAGCUUAUCCACAUGAUACUCAAAAUUGUUCCAUGAUGAUAGAAAGCUUAUCUCAUACCGUGGAUGACUUAAUAUUUCUGUGGAACAUUUCCUCACCCCUUGUCGUUAGUGAAGACGUUGAACUACCACAGUUAGAUAUUGUUGAAAGCAACACAGAAGACUGUACUCUAGAGUAUUCCACAGGGAACUUCACUUGUUUAGCUGUUGUUUUCAAUUUGAAAAGGCGACUUGGAUACCAUCUUUUUCACACGUAUGUUCCAACGACCCUCAUCGUAGUGAUGUCAUGGAUUUCCUUUUGGAUUCGACCGGAAGCAAUUCCUGCUAGAGUUACUCUUGGAGUAACAAGUCUUCUUACAUUAGCUACUCAAAAUACUCAAUCCCAAUCAUCCUUACCUCCUGUUUCUUAUGUGAAAGCAAUUGAUGUAUGGAUGUCAUCCUGUACAGUUUUUGUAUUUAUGUCACUUAUGGAAUUUGCAGUUGUCAAUCAUUAUAUGGGUUAUACUGGAAGUAGCAAACUUAUGAGAGGAUAUUCAGUGGAUGAACUCGAUAAGGUAUAUCUUUCUGAGUUGCUGCUUCAAAGAAAAAAUGGCAUCAAUGUUCGAGGAAACAGUUUCAGUUCGCCACCCAGAACUCCAAACACAUGUUGUGAAGUCGACAUUGCUUUGGCAAUCGACAGAUUUUCCAGGUUUUUCUUUCCUUUUUCUUUCUUCAUUCUUAAUCUUAUCUACUGGUGUGCAUAUGCAUUCACGUGGUGAAGAAAUACAAGAAUCACAACAAUCUUCGUUAAUUUUUGUCGAAAUAAAUAAUUCGUUAAGAGAGGA